AUGGGAAGCCCCGAGCUCGAGAAGAACUGCACGCUGUACAUCUGCACGGACAACUGCGAAACGGCGUCGAACAGCGAAAUCCAAAAAAAGCUGGAGAGCCAAAAUGUAGAGAAAAAAAUAGAAGGCAUGGAGCACCUCAUUUUUAACAUCAUACAGGGAGAGCCAUGUGGCAAUUUGCUCAUGUGUGUCAUCCGGUUCAUAGUGCCUCAUAAGGACCACCGGUUAAAGAAGCUAACUCAUAUCUUCUUCGAAGUGGUAGACAAAUGCAAGAGCGAUGGGAGUCUGAAGGAGGAAAUGCUUCUCGUUUGUAACGCCUUGAGGAAUGACAUCAUCUCCCCUAAUGAGUACGUGAGGGGGUCCACGCUGAGGCUACUAAGCAAAAUUAAAAACCUAAAAAUCAUUGAGCCUUUAAUAGAAGCCAUAACGAAGAAUUUGAGCCACCGGCACAGCUAUGUUAGGAAGAAUGCCAUCAGCUGCAUUCACACGAUUAUAAAGGAACACGGAGGGGAUGUGAUACCCAAUUCGGUUAAAGAAGUGGAGAAGAUAUUAUUUUUAGAAAAUGAUAUAUCGACCAAACGUAGUGCACUAUCUAUGCUGAUUGAUGUCGACCCGAUGACUACCCUGAAGUACAUUCUAUCUCUGAACGACCAGCUGUACGACACGGCGGAUGUCAUUCUGCUCGAGGUCAUUCACUUGUUUAAGAAGCUGUAUAUCCCCCACGUGUUUGACAGUUCGUUUCUGCUCAUAGGUGACGAGGAUGAGGAGGGCGAAGCAGAGGAAGAGGAAGACAAAUCGGGUGGGUACCAAUCCGACGGAGAGAUCGACCUCUUCGCGUACCUCCUCUCCGGAGAGGAGGCCCCCCUGCAGCAGGGAGGCGCGCCCGUCGGAAAGAGGACCAUUCACACCACUGGCAUGAACCAAGCGCUUGGCAGCCACCUGCUCAGUGGGAGUAACCCCCUCGGAGGGACACCACACCGCUCAAACGAAUCUAGCGGAGGAAUGCUAAACGUGCUAAGUGAAGAAAUACAAUUUAGGAAAAACAAACUAUGUGAAAGCGAUUACAGUCAAUAUAAAAGCAACGUGGUAAAGAUCCUCCUCAAUAUGAUGAGCAAGAACGUCAGCAACAGUGUGCUGUACGAGGGUGCCUGCUGUUUGCUGUAUAUGAGUUCCUCCGAGGUUAGCAUCAAAACGGCUAGCGAGUGCUUCAUAAAGCUUCUAAUCAACCAGCAUGAUAAUAACAUCAAAUUGAUUGUCAUCGAUAGGCUCUACUACAUCAUGUGCAAGUGGAAGAAGGUCCUCGAAAGCUACGUGAUGGACCUACUCCGAGCUUUGAACUUCCCCUCAAGAGAUAUAAAGGUAAAAAUAUUAAACCUCGUUCUGCACAUUUUAAGUAGCAGAAAUGUGCACUUGGUGUUGGGCGUGCUGAAGAAGGAGCUCCUCAAACUUAACACCACAGUGAUGUACAGCAAGAAUGUCUUUGCCAAUGGAGGAGGUGGGAACGGCAACGCGGUGGUAGGUCCCUCCAAUGCAGGUGCGAGUGGAGGAUCUGCCUCCCCCAGUGGAGCCCCCACCCCCGGUGUGAGCAGCGUAGGAGAAACCAACACCGUUGGGAAUAACCUCUCGACGAAUUACCAAGAAAUGAUUAGUUAUAAGAAGAUACUCCUCAAAUCGAUGCAACACAUAUGCAACAUGUUUUCGAACGAGUGCCUCAGCAUGGUGGAUUUGCUUCUCACCUACGUGAAUGAUGAAGAGAGGGAGAUAAACUACGAGGCGGCGGUGUGCAUUAGGAAAUUGGCGAAUAACCCCUCCCUCCAGAGUACCAUCUUGCAAAAAAUCGGAGACGUUAUAUUUGAUGUGAAGCAGCCACACAUUCUGAGGAUCUUCUUUUGGGUCCUCGGCCAGUACAUGCAGGGGGAGGAACUCAUUUUGAAAUUCCUAGACAAACUGUAUGAGCAUUUGGUGCCCCUCCUGGGGAGUAACAUCCAGUCGGAAACGAUUAACCGGUUGCAGAGCGAGAAGUUUAAGAAGAGCAAAAUGGUGAUGAACUUCAACGCGAAUUCGUCGCCCGCAUCUCCCACCAUUCAAACCAAGACGGUCGUGCUGGAGGACGGGACGUACGCCACGGAGGCCGUGUGGAAAAAGCAGAGCGCCGCCGCCCCCGGGGAUGACAGCCCCCCCGGAGAGCUAACCCCCUUCGCGUACAAUUUGCUAGCAGAUAACGACGACUUGCUGCUCUCCGUGCUGUGCGUGUGCAUCACCAAGUUGUAUUUGAAGCUGGUGGCCGCGGUGGGCGGCGAGCCCUUCCGCUUUUUGGGCGGAGCGGCGAGAAGUGCUGACGGAGGCGCGGUGGACAAGAAAUGUGCCACCGCCAGCCCCCCCAAAAGUGCCGCCAACAGCGCAAACGCGUUCCGGAACAAGGGCAUCUACAUCCUGGCCAGCGUGGUCAAGUACCUGGGGCAGAAGAACGCCAGCAAGAGCGCCCUGGACGCGCACUACAACGACAGCAACGUGGUGAGGGUGAGCCAGUGCCUCAAAAUAUUCCUCAACGUCACGUGCAGCAUGGGCACCCUGGACGACUCGGCGAAGAAGCUCAUCCGGACCUUCCUCAGUGGGGAUGAGUACUACCAGAAGUUCCUCCACAGGGAGGGCGAGAAGUACAGCAGCGUUUAUAGCAGCGUUUACCCCUCCAGUUACCGCCAGCUAGGAGUGCCCCUGCCGGGUGCUUCCCCCCUCGGGGAUGCCACCACAGAUGGAGAUCACCUGGGAGAGGGACCCAUGGAGACGCCCAAAGGAGUGACCACCCUACCUCCUCCCCCAACGCAGCCGAAGGAAAACAAGCAAAGUGUAGAUGACGAGAUAUACUUCCGCAUUUUGAAAGAGAAAAAAAAUGUCUUGAACAUCCUCGAGGAGAGGUCCACUCUGAUGGAGGAGAGGUCCACACUGAUGGAGGAACGAUCCUCCUCUCUGAUGGACGAGCGAGCUGUCCUGAUGGAAGAAAAUUUGGAGAAGCUGAAGCUGAAAUACACCCUGAGCAACGACAUCCUUUUUGGGGAAAACGAAUUUAAGUUGCCCUCCUUUAAGCACGACUGCUCAUCCCUUUUCAUGGCAAAGCUCUAUAAUUCGCAGAGACUCACAGGGACAGACGACGAUCUGUUUAUUGAGGCCGUCCCCAUAGUCUCCAACGUUAACCUGAUUGUGGAGUUUUAUAUUUACAAUCAGUCGGGUGCCUACUUGCAGAGCAUAUUCAUCAGUCUAUCCACCCAUGGGAACUUGAAGCCGAUCGAUAAGAUCCCCGAAUUUAACCUUGCUCCUAAUGAAAAGAGGAAGUUCAAAAUCACCGUCAAGGUGCACACCACGGAGGCGGGCAUCAUCUUCGGCUACGUCUUCUACGAACGCAAAAAUGAGAAUAGGAAGAACUACAUUGUCCUUAGCGAGCUGCACAUUAACAUGACUGACUACAUCAGCGCCUCCUUCAUCUCCUCCCACCUCUUCCGCGUCAUGUGGAGCGAGUUCGAGUGGGAGAACAAGAUCAACAUCAGCACCUCCAUCAGGGACGCCUUCGAACUGCUGAAGCUCAUCAUCAAGCACACCAACAUGACCAUCGUGGAGAAGUUCAUGCCGCUGGAGUACUACGAGAAGGAGGCCAAGAACAGGCCGGAGCAAGCCAACGUCUCCCCCAUCGACAUUUACAUCUCCUACAUCUCCAGCCUGGAGGACCUCAAGUGCCUCGUUAACAACUCGGCCUUCUUCGCGGUCAACUUGUUUUCGCGCAGCAUUUUCGGCGAGGACUCCCUGGCCAACCUCUCCGUGCAGAAGAACCCCGACGGCCGCCUCUCGGGCAGCAUCCGCGUGCGCAGCCGCACCCAGGGAAUCGCCCUCAGCCUGGGAGACAAAAUCACGCUGGUUCAAACAGGCCUCAGCAUGGAGACGCAGUGA